CGGCAACCACUUUUAUUCGUUUACUCUUUUUUGGGAACUUUGAAACUACAAACCUCAUUCCCAUACCUAAAAAGAAAAGCAAUAAUAAGCCUAUUGUACUACACGCUACUAUUAAGACCAAAGAACGAGUCACGAGCCUACUUCCGAGACCCUCUCAAAGUCAAGCAAUCCAAUCGCCUCCUACCUCAUCAAAGCCAAUAUUCCUCAAAAUGUCUGAGCCGAUCAAAGAACAGAGUAUUUUUUGGGGUGCCUCCGAUUCUGAUCAUCAAGGUCCUUACUCAGCCCAUCCGUUUGCUUUGGGUGGUGUCUACCCGGCUGGAACUUAUGUAUCUAAGGAAGAGAUCGUCCCUCGCCUUGUCAAAUGGGCCAAUGAUAAUCCGAAAAGCCGUGAGCAAACGAAGCACCUCGCGUCAUUGGUCCCCACGCACUUCAAGCGUGAGAUUAAAUUGAGGAAGGGAAAGAGUGCAGCCGGACUCGAAGAUAGCAGCAACCGACCAUCCUAUAAGGAGGGAGGUUUGCUGUUUGUCGUUGGGCUAGAGCGCUUUGGUAACCGGCGAUGUGAGCAUUGCCAGAAGGGAAACGGCCCCUUUGAUGGAUGCGUGGUCUUGAGGGGUUUUAUGAACGGAUGUUGUGCGAACUGUAGGUACGACGAGUACCAGAAUCGGUGCAAAUACGAGUACGCGAAUGGUACCAAGAACCAAUGAUGCAGUUGAUGGUUGGCGGGUGUUUGGUCACGGAUCUCCC